GCAGCAGGACUUGUGAAGGCUUCCAUGGGAAGAAAUCACAGCAAAUCUGAAUGGAUACUGUAGUGAGGCACUCAACGGGAAGACAAACAACGAAAAAGCUGGGAAGACAGUGAACGCAUAGAUCAUGCUAGCAAAAUAUUCCCUUGGAUUUUGGUCCUUCAGAUCAAUUUUCUCAAGGGGCAACGUAAUUGCAUACUAAAGAGAACGCAUCAAAACUAAAUGCAGAUGAAAAAUAAAACACGAAACUUACAAGAUGGUUAUAAGAAAAUCCAAGCAUUAGAUAAGUUCUACCCACCAUAUGCAGGACCAGUAGCUAACAUCAUCUGAUAACCAUAUGCAUGCGGGACCACUGGCAUCAUGUGACAACGAUAUGAAUCUAGGACCACUGACAUCAUCGGAUGGACAUGAAAAAACUAAUUAAUAUGAUAGGACAACAAAUAAAUAUAGCAAACAUUUUCAAACUCUAAAUAAACAAAGCAUAAACUCCAACUUCGUACAUCAAUUUUUUUAUACAACUCCGUACAUCAAAUUGCCAUACUAUUACUUCUUUAAAACGAUUGAUUUACAUAGUCCCUCAUCCCUCCGGUCCUUACAAUACCUUUUACAAAAUUUACUGAAGCAUUCAUGACAUUUUUAAAAAUACCCUUAUCUUUUGCUCUUGGAUUUGCCAUCCCUCCAUCUCUUGCCCAAAUUAACCAUAUCAAUCAAAUGGUUAUUUUGAAAAAUCACUAAAGUUUUUUACAUUUAACUACUUUUAACUAAUUUCCGUAAUCUCAUGAAAGUUGUUCACAGUCUUGUAUAUAAAUGACCAGAGUAAGUAUAUAAUAUUACUAGACAAACUCUUCGGAAGAUAGAUACAGAAAAACACGAACGAACUGAACCAGAGUUGGCCGGCACAAAAGCUUUCUGGUAUAAUUCAAUAAUAUAUGCACUGGCAAUACACGUCAAUAUAAACUAACACGAAAGACUAUUAUAUAUAAUAUUUUCAACUUGUUCUCUGAGAAUAUAUAUAGAUAACUAGAUACGCGCCACAACACGAGUACAUACUCACAAAGAGAGAUGACAGGAGCAUCAGUAAUAUCAGGAGUGGCCACAUGGAUAGCAGUAAUAACAGUUUUAAGAUGGGUUUGGAAGAUGGCAGUGUGGUUAUGGGUGAAUCCAAAGAGGCUAGAGAAAGCUCUGAGACAUCAAGGUCUUCAGGCCAAUCGCUAUCGAUUCUGGGUUGGUGACUCUUUCCAAAUGAGUAACAUGGUACGACAAGCCAAAGCCACUCCCUUGCCCGCUCAUUCCAAUGACCUGGUCCCUCAUAUCUCCCCCUUUCAGCAACACACUAUCAGCAGAUAUGGUAGGGAUUCAUUCAUGUGGUUCGGACCAACACCAAUGUUGAUCCUUACGGAUCCUGAGCUGAUAAAAGAUAUGUUAAACAGACACAACGACUUCACAAAAUAUCACAAUUUCCCAAUUGUUAACGAAUACGUAGCCCCUGGGGUUGCAGGCUACGAUGGUGAAAAGUGGGCUAAACACAGGAAGAUUCUCCAACCAGCAUUCAAUGUUGACAAAUUGAAGUCUCUGAUUCCAAUCUUUAGUCAAAGUUGCAACGAAAUGAUCAACAAAUGGGAGAACCUGUUGUCCUCCUCAGAUGGAACAUGUGAAGUGGAUAUAUGGCCUUGGCUUAAGGAUAUGACAAAGGAAGUGAUGUCUCGAUCAGCAUUUGGAAGUAACCAUGAAGAAGGCAGACAAACAUUUGAUCUUCUAGCAGAACUAAGUGUAGUUGUAAUGAAUAAUUUACAGAAACAUUACAUUCCAUUAUGGAGGUUUCUACCAACUAAGGGGAACAAGAAGAUGAAGGAAAUUGGAAGAAACGUGAGAACUUCCCUAGAGUAUAUUAUCAACAAAAAGGAGAAAGCCAUGAAGGGGGUUGAAGCUGUAAAGAAUGACCUACUGGGCAUGCUUUUAGAAUCCAAUCACAAGGAGAUUGAGGAACAAGGGAACAAGAAAAACGCUGGCUUGAGUAUGAAAGAUGUGAUCGACGAAUGCAAGUUGUUCUACAUGGCAGGCCAAGAAACCACUUCUGUUCUACUGGUCUGGACUAUGAUGCUCUUGAGUAGGCAUCCUGAUUGGCAAGCACGUGCAAGGGAAGAAGUUCUGCAAGUCGUUGGCAGUCAAAAACCACACUAUGAUGCAUUAAGUCGCCUAAAGAUUAUGACCAUGAUCUUGUACGAGGUUUUGAGGUUAUACCCACCAGUAACAUGGCUAGAGAGGUAUGCUGUAAAGGACAUGAAACUUGGAAAAAUAUCAAUACCUGAAGGAGUACAGCUUGGCGUACCAAUACUGAUGGUGCACCAUGACCAACAAUUGUGGGGAGAUGAUGCUGAAGUGUUUAAACCAGAUAGAUUUUCCGAAGGAAUCUCCAUGGCAUCAAAAGGGAGUUCUUCUGCAUUCUUCCCAUUCGGAGGAGGUUCCCGAGCCUGUCUUGGACAGAACUUUACCUUGUUGAGUGCGAAGGUGGCUCUGUCAUUGAUUCUACAACGUUUCUCCUUCGAGCUUUCCCCAUCAUAUUCUCAUGCUCUCACCACCGUCAUCACUCUUCAGCCUCAACACGGAGUUGAAGUCAUUCUGCGUAAACUGUAAUAAAUUUAUUAUAUCGAAGCACUAAUUCAUGUACAAUAUGAAUUCAGAAUAAUCCGCACCUCCUAGGUUAAUAAAAUCAAAAUAGACGUAGAGUUGUAAUUUUCAAACACCUGGAAAGGAAAGAAAGUAUGGGCAUCAUCUAAGCAUUGAAAUAUGACGCAAUUAUGCAAAGGACCAAUAAUGAGGAUACUGUAAUGAAGCAUAGGGAAAGGAUGAGCAAGGAAGAUCACGCAGGAGGAAGGGAGCAUGCUCAUCAUGCGCAAAGGUCAUUACAAAUAUGCGCGGAGCUGAGAGGCAUAGAGGCUAUAGCAAGAGAAGAUCCUUCAUCGAAAAGGGUUUGGAUUAUUAUUGUGGAAUUUCCCUCUCUUAUGAUUCAUCUCUCUCUGGAUUCAUCUCUCUCU